ACAAGGCUCUUUUCAUUUUCUUAGUAAUACAGGAUUAGAUGGGAGGGUUUAUUUUCAUGUUUGUUUCUUUCUUUCUUUAGUCUAUUAAUUUAGUUGUGAUUGACUACACACUCCGUCCAGUACAGUAUGUGGCGGAAUGUAAUUAACGUUUGAGGACCGCAAUAAUAUUAUAGAAGUAAACGGAAGUCAACAGUGGUCAAAAACAAAUUUCACGUUAGUGUUUUUAUUGUUUAGACGUUUAACACCAUAUAACUCAAUAUGACUAAUUGAACUACACCGCAUUACAUACAUGCCUCAGGUAGUGUUUAUUUUGCGUUGGAGACUGUACUUGGUUGAUUUAUGUUAUCUAGGUAACGCUAGCUAGCUGCUUAGAUAACAAUGGCUAAUUGUAUGCUUUUUCACACUCAAAUCGCCUCUGUCAUGGAGGUGCUGGCAAAUGCAGCCGUGGCAGACAUCUGUAAACUUGUAGACGAUGACCAUGCAGUGUUUCGUUUGGAAAUAACUCAAAGCCAGAAAGAAAACGGGGCAUUGCGGAGGAAACUACAGCAACUGGAACUAAAGGUCGCACGGGAGCGCGCAGAGAAGACAAUACGAGAGCGCGUCCUCGCCAGUCGUCCCAGUAGUGUCAAGAUCGUCGACCGAUACAGAGGAAUGGCAAGAGGUGGACAUCUCACUGGAGGCCACAGGAGCUUUGUGAAGUCAGCGGGUCACAAUACAUGGAGCCAUGGCCACCCAAUCACUGUUGAGGGCACAGGAACCUUAACUCAGAACAUUGUCGUGAUAGAGUCUGCAGAUGCAGAGGCUGCAGAUCCUGGGGUCAAGCUGAAGUGGAAGGAAGGAGAGGAGGAACCACACCACAACAGAGACAUCCAGACAGCUGGAGUGCUCCCUGUAGCCACGGAGGACCCCACCACCAUCCCAGCGCAGCCCUGGACCCAACGCAGCAUCAUGGAGUCUGCAGAGGCUGCAGGUCCUGGGGUCAAGCUGGAGAAGUCUGAAGGAGAGGAGGACCCACCACACAGCAGAGACAUCCAGAUUGGAUUGGCUGAAGCGCCCCCUGUAGCUACGGAGGACCCCAUCAUCACCCCAGCGCAGCCUAGGACCCAACGCAGCAUGACUGAGGUCAGUGGAACGCCGAACGCCGUCCUCAAGUCAGAGACAGACACAGAGAGUUUAACAGUGCUGGAGCGACUGGACUGUCCUGCUGCUCCCCACUCAAAGUAUUUACUUCACGGUAACCUGAGCCCGAGGACGGUUCUGUCCCAUCAGGACUCGGGUGACGCGUUACAGACUGGCAAUCAUCCGUCCUGUUCAUAUGUUACAGAGAGAGAGAUGAUACCUGGUGACAUGCCUGUGGGCUUAGAUACACAGGCUAAUCCAAUGAGAGGGGACUGGAACCAGUACUGUAGUGGUGUAUACUCUGAAGAAUGCCUAGAUAAGAAAGGAGAGGGUCUGGUCAUAGAUGAGGUGACUGUGAAUGUGGAGGGUGACGCUACUCUGACAUGGAAUGCAGACAAGACUCACUUAGGAGGCCAGCCGCAGGGCAACACUAGUGACUUCUUAAACUACAGGGAAAGCUUACAGACAAAUCCAAAUGUUGCAACCCACUACCCUUUACACACGCUCAGGGAUCGCGACCCAGUGUCCACGUCGAUGGCACCUUCCGAUUCACACGGACACAUCCUUUUCGAUCAGGUAUUGAACUCAAACGACAGGGCUAGAGCCCAGGUUCAGGGAGGGGGAGCUACAUCAGGUAAAAGUAAAGAGAAACGGUUCCUCUGCAGUUUCUGUAACAAAGGCUUCAGCUGCUUCCAGAAUGUGGAGAUCCACCAGAGGAUCCACACAGGGGAAAAACCCUUCAGCUGUACCCAGUGUCAAAUGCGCUUCGCUCAGGCUGGCACCCUGAACAGACACCAGAGGGUCCACACAGGGGAGAAACCCUUCAGCUGUACCCAGUGUCAAAUGUGCUUCGCCCAGGCUGGCAACCUGAAGAUGCACCUGAAGGUCCACAUGGGAGAAAGGUCAACUGAUGUUUAGAUCAAACCCUGCAUUAAAGACAAAGGUGCAUUUUCAUUGUUGACAUAAAAUAUCCACAGAUGCAUUUGGAAUAACGAGAGUAACAGAUUUCAGUGUUGAAUAUUCCUGGGUAGAAUAUUGCAUCCAGACAUUGUGUGAUGUAUAAGGCAUAUUUAAAUCUAAAAUGUCUGUUACAUAUUGUGUUUGUACUGUGCAGGCUAUAUGAUGUUCACAAAUGCCUAUUUCAUUACUUCCACUCAACUACUUAAUUUUUUUCACAAGACACAUUUUUUAAUGAGAGAAAUAAUGCAGUUUAUCAAGUUCAUGCAGAUUUUUAGUUGAGGUGUGUGGUUUUAAUAUGGUGUAUUUAACACUAGUUCUUGUUUAAUAAACACAUAAAUGGGGCUUUUCA